UCUUCUUCUUCGGCGCUUCUGUAGCAGCAGAGAUAUCUACUUGGUCUGUUGGGCUCUCGGUUUUGGUGUUGAUAGGGGCUCUCCGCCUCGACAUUUCCAUGAUAACUGAGCUGUCUACGGUUUGAUCAGCCGCGAGGAGCCGAGCAGGAACGCGAGAAUGGAGCUGGAGGAGAAAAACCCGGACCCUAAACACGGGGAGCCCAGGAAGUUUGACCCAAAUUUUAAAGGACCAAUCCAGAACAGAGGUUGCACAGAUAUCUUCUGCUGCAUUCUCUUCAUUAUCUUCUUGUUGGGGUAUUUUGCUGUUGGCAUCCUCGCCUGGUCUCAGGGUGACCCCAAAAAGGUGAUUUAUCCCACAGACAGCAGAGGACAGUUCUGUGGACAGUCAGGGACACCACUGGAGAAGAAACCUCUUCUUUUCUACUUCAACAUCCUGAAAUGUGCCAGUCCUCUGGUGCUGCUGGAGUUCCAGUGUCCCACCACACAGAUAUGUGUGGAGAAGUGUCCCGACAGGUACCUCACUUUGAUUAAAGCCAAGUUAGGGACAGCUGAAGACCAGGCAUACUACUCAAGAUACUGCAAGGAGGGGGUGGACUUCAGCAAAAGUGCUCCAGACAUCCUGAAGGAUGGCCUGUGUCCUGCCAUGUUGUUUCCCAGCAAAGCUUUCACGCGCCGCUGCCUCCCUGCCCUGGAGAAGAUUAAAGGUGGGGUGGUCGUGGUGGGCAACGAGACCACCUUUGUUGACGGCAACAAUAGAGUCAACGCCUCCGAUCUGCUGGAAGCAUCAAAGAAAUCAAACGUCGCUUUAGAAGCGCGUCAGGUGGCCAUGAGAAUCUUUGAGGACUACACUCAGUCCUGGCACUGGAUCUUAAUGGGUCUGGUGAUCGCCAUGGUGGUCAGCUUGAUCUUCAUCGUCCUGCUGCGAUACUUGGCGGGCAUCAUGGUCUGGAUCAUGGUCGUUCUGGUUAUUCUCGUCAUUGGAUACGGGAUUUUCCACUGCUACAUGGAGUACGCCGCGCUGAAAGGAGAGCCCGGCGCCGACGUCACCAUCCGUGAUCUGGGCCUACAGACGGACUUCUCUGUGUACCUGCAGAUCAGACAGACCUGGCUGGCCUUCAUGAUUAUCCUGGCUAUCGUGGAGUUCAUCAUCAUCCUGCUGCUCAUCUUCCUCAGGAAAAGAAUCCUGAUUGCCAUCGCUCUCAUCAAAGAGGCCAGCAGAGCGGUCGGCCAUGUUAUGUCGGCGCUGUUCUACCCUCUGCUGACCUUCGCCCUCCUGGCUGUGGUGAUCGCUUACUGGGCCAUCACUGCUGUGUUCCUGUCCACGUCUAACGAGCAGAUCUACAAAGUGUUCAACAACUCCGACUGCCCGUUCGCUCGGGAAACCUGCGACCCCCAGACAUUCAACACCUCAAACAUUUCGGCUCAGUGUCCGGACGCCUUGUGCCUGUUUGCUUUUUAUGGUGGCGAGACGGUCUACCACAGAUACCUCAUCGUGUUCCAGUUCUACAACGUCUUCCUCUUCUUCUGGUGUGCCAACUUUGUGACGGCUCUGGGCCAGGUUACUCUGUCGGGGGCGUUUGCAUCUUAUUACUGGGCCUUUAAAAAGCCGGAUGAUAUCCCAGCUUUCCCCAUCUUCUCUUCUCUGGGACGGGCUCUCAGAUACCACACAGGCUCCCUGGCUUUUGGCUCCCUAAUCCUGUCUUUGGUCCAGGUCAUCCGGGUCUUUCUGGAGUACCUGGAUCACAAGUUAAAAGGCGCUCAGAACAAGUUUGCCAAAUUUCUGCUCAGCUGCAUGAAGUGCUGCUUCUGGUGUCUAGAGAAAUGCAUCAAAUUCCUGAACAGGAACGCCUACAUCAUGAUUGCAAUUUAUGGGAAAAAUUUCUGCACUUCAGCCCGAGACGCCUUCUUCCUUCUCAUGAGGAACAUCGUUAGAGUGGCUGUUUUAGAUAAAGUUACUGACUUCCUGCUGUUUCUUGGGAAGCUCCUCAUUGUGGGAAUUGUGGGAAUUUUCUCUUUCUUCUUCUUCUCUGGGAGAAUCAAAGCUGUGGAGAGUGCUGCACCAUCCCUCAACUAUUACUGGGUGCCCAUUCUGACAGUGGUGGUGGGAGCCUACCUGAUUGCCCAUGGCUUCUUCAGCGUGUACGCCAUGUGCGUGGACACCCUGUUCCUGUGUUUCUGUGAAGACUUGGAAAGGAAUGACGGCUCAUCUGAGAGGCCUUACUUCAUGUCUCCCGAGCUGCACGAGAUCCUCUCCAAAGCGCAGAAGGUGGAGGACCUGUGCGACGGCACCGAGCCAGUGGACGCUUUGAAGCCAGAGGGGGAGGUCAAGUUGGAGGAGGAAAUGCCUCUUCAGCAGCAGCAAGAUGGAGAGGUCCAGCUGAAACAGGAAGCCAUGCUCAAGCAGGAGAACGAGGAGAAACAGCCACUGCAGUCCAAAACGGACGACGACGAGUCAAGAGAGGAGGAGACGGAGGAGCAGAAAGUCAGUCAGGGAGGUGAGACUGAGACGAAGGAGGAGCCAGACAAGAAAGAAGCGUCAGGAAAGCAGGAGUUGAAAACAGAGGAGGUUUCUGCUGUAGCUGGGGAGGCGGAGAAAGAGAAGACGGGGGAAAAGGAAGAAGAAAAACCGGAGUCUAAGGAUGACGUUGUCUCAUCUGCACCACAGGAGUAGAUGUUUUUCAAGCAAAUGAGGCUCGGUAAACCUCAUAAAGCAUUUAAAGAAUGAAAGAUGUGUACUUACAGCUCUGUGAUUUGGACCUAUUAAAUGUCUAAAGCUUCAAGCUCAAAACUUCAGACGGUUUUGCAAGUGUGAGCGGGUUGACGUCCACCUGGAGAAGGUUGCUUUCAGAGGACAGGUGGUAUCUCACUGUUGGAGACUAGCUGGCAACUCAGAGUUGAAGGAAAACGUGAAUCUUUUGUUGCGGUUUCUGAACUCAGAGUGAUUUUUGAGGCCGUUUCUGAAAAUCACAGCUAGGCCUGUCACGAUAACAAAUUUUGCUGGGUGAUUAAUUGUCUCAGA